GGGCUGGUCACACAUUGGAGCCUCGUCGAUGCCAGGCUGCCAGUGGACCGGUAAGGAAAAUUGUUGCUGUGGGAAGUGAAAUACUCAGCUAUGCCGGGACGAGUCUGCUGCCACAACCAUAUGAUGGCUAACCUCGUACACCAAUACUAAACUACUGGCUGGCGUGGGACGGUGGACAUGUCAAUGUCCGAUUCAUACAUGAGGUGGACCGCCAAGACAAGAUAAACUGUAUGCCGAACCGGGUCGCAAAGCUGGCCCCUCUCGAUGCCGACAGUCGGAUGACUCACGGCGGCUCGGCAAUCAACCCUCUCUCAAUUCUCAUUCCUCCUUUGUUGACUUCCAUUGUCAUAAACAAGGCGCAGCGUCGCCCUUUUCAUAUAUAAAAGGGCUUCGCAUUCUCUCCCCGCUUCAACUAUCCCGCUCAUCCCGACUCCACGUCUCCCGCCCACCCCCUUUCCACAGCAGAUACACAUACACACCAAUCAAGAUGCCACCAGCCCACGAACUCCGAACCUGGACCCGUCAGAUCCCCGGCGAUGACCACCGCACUUGCACCUACAUCAUCUCUACCGACCCUUCCCUAAUCCAGCUCGACGCCCUCAACGCGGCCUUGGGCUCUGACAUGAUCUACUGGGCCCAACCAGUCCCCCUCGAGACAUUGAGACUCUGUGUCGAGCAGUCACUCUGUUUCGGACUCUACAUCCAUGACGAGCAAGGAGCGAACGGGGAUGAAGACCACGGAAAGAGCGGCGACGGAAAGGUAAUGACCAUGAUUGGCCUCUCCCGCCUCGUCACGGAUUACACCACGUUCGGCUAUCUCACCGACGUGUACGUGCUGGCCUCGCACCAGGGGAAGGGGUUGGGGAAGUGGAUGAUGCAAUGUCUGGACGAGGUGUUGAGUUCGUGGCCGCACCUGAGGCGCUGUUUGCUGUUUACAAGCGGCGAGGCCGCGGUCAAGAUGUAUCGGGCGACAAUUGGGGCCAAGUACAUCAGUGAGACGCCGUCGAAGGACUUGGUUCUGCUCGAGAGGCGUGGGACUGCGGCUACGUUCAAGGUGGGCAAAGCAAUGGGUGCAGAUGCGAGUAAGACUGGGACGGAGAAGGAAAGGUAGCGAGAUAAUGCGAUUUAGAUGAGGCAAAACGAUCUUAUUUGCCUGGUGGUUUCCCGUAUGCGCCGCCAUUGGCUCGCCGCAACUCAAUGGCUCGUUUGUAUGGUGGUGCUGUGGGCGGUUGUACUGGGUCGAGGGAGACGUGGUCCUCAGGCAACUUAUACGAAGCGUCUGAGUCGAAGGCUGAGAGGUCGCCGCACGCGACAAACGGGGCGACCCAGCGAAUAUCCUUGUCCUGUGGUCCGGUGGACAAAUCAUCAACCUCGACGUCGGAAAUGCCGCUCUCGUCUGCCGUCUGUGGCCGGUCAGGGGUAUCAUUCCAGGCUCCAGUCUCGGAAUCUUGCAUCAAGACAGGGGCGACGAUCGGUACCACUGCGUUCCUCUCAGCCAGCAU